AUGGAUCUCAAAUACCAAUCACAAGUAAAUCGCGGAAAAAGUGCCGAUGUCUCGAAAUAUAAUUUGAGAUGUAACCGAAGCCUCAGUGAAAAGAUGACGAAGAAGGAUUUCAUUUAUGACAUUCGUCGGCCACUUCAGGCUGCCAAUAAGGUGGAGCAAGCAAGAAUUAUUACAGUCAACAUUCCAGAACAUCUUCGACAAAGUAAAAUUCCUAAAAUAACAAUUCGAUCACCAAUCGCGAAAAAUCAUUAUAUCGAGGCUGGUGGAGAUGCGACGAUGAAUUAUUCCGUGCACCGGAUUUCAAACUUCGAGUGCAAUUUUUGUCAUGAACAAAUAGCAACUCUUUUCUCCCUCUCGACACACGUGAAGUCUCAUCACCGGAAAUACUGCAAAAUGUGUUAUUGGAUCCUUGACGAUGGUGAGAUGAUGGAGAAUCAUUUCAUCAAAAAGCAUUCAGGAUUGUUAACAGCAAUUCCUACAAUUCCAGCUCGCUCCGAUAAUUGAGUGUCAAUUUUUUCUCGGAAUUAAGCUUAUACUAAUAUGUUACAGAACAUGAAUCAUUCAUUUCUAUCAAGAAAGAAAGAGAAAUUGAGAUUUUUUUGUACAUCAUUUAUUUUACAUCCGAAAGGAAAGACAAUUUCUUAUUGU